AUGACCUACCGUAAAUUGCAAAAAACCAAAACAGCUCUGGCCUGUCCUCUGAAGGUCUGCUGUGGUAUCUGGCACCAAGCCUUCAUCAUCCACUCAGUAGUUGUGGCAGAGAACAUUACCUGCGACGGUGAGAAUGAGGAGCUUUAUAUUAUUCAAGAGGGGCUUGAGAGCUCAGGCUGCACCAUAGUCUUCCUCAUUCUGUACUAUUUCAGCAUGGCCAGUUCAAUCUGGUGGGUCAUUCUCACACUCACUUGGUUCCUGGCUGCAGGAAACAAAUGGGGUAAUGAAACCGUCGAGUCUCACAGCAGCUAUUUUCAUAUGGUCGCCUGGGGCUUACUGGCACUAAAGACUAUAGUCAUCCUCACAAUGAGGAAGGUGGCAGGCGAUGAGCUGACUUGGCUGUGCUAUGUGGGCAGCAUGGACGUGGGGGUGCUGUCCUGCUACCUUGUCAUCGGGACGUCAUUCAUCCUCACCAGCUUUGUUGCACUUUUCCACAUUUGGAAGGUGAUGAAAACCGAAGGCUCCAACAUGGAAAAGCUGGAAAAGCUAAUGGUUACAGUUCCCAGCUCCACUCCUACAGUGUCCCCAGCCUUGCGGAUCAAUUUAUUGAGUCUCUUGGCGUCCAUUGACUUUAGUCUACUUUCCCAGCACACUGGAGAGCUCUGGCUGCCACAGACUCAUAAAGCAUCCUCAGCAUAA